GACUAUCCGGUGUGUACACGCGUCCAUACGUCCAGGGCGAGGCUCGAUAUUCGAUACACUUUUCGAGGGUGGGGAGCAGCUGAAAAGGGCGGCAAGAGGGGUGCUGACGAUGAUCCGGACCAGGCCGAAAGGAAUAGACUUACACGGCGCCCUCGGCCUCACGGGAUGGCGGGACCGCCCGCAAGAACUCUUGGCAGGUGAUAUGAUGCAUCUUGAGCUAAGGGUUGCUCAAACUCGGCAUCGCCAUGGCCGAUCACCAAAGGCUGAAAGAUUCGGGGCGGUGUCGUCUUACACCACCCUUUCCCUACACCCCUCACGUUCGUCUCCCUUGCGGAGACAUGCAGGCGUCAGAACAAGAUCUGGACGUACGCGUUUUCGGGGCGUGGCUCUUCAUCUAAGGCUAAGCGGGCCGAGUAGAUACCCCUAUCAGUCUCUGUACGCCACACCGUUUGUUGUCCCUUGCCCUGAACAAGGGAGCCCACGUCUGGUUCGGUUCAUCGCGGCAGUGUCUGCAGGUAUGCCUGCAGCUUGGCUGGAUAUAUUACACCCACAAAGCAAGGGUAGGAAGUCUGAUAAAGAUUGCGCCUUACACGAUGACAAGCUGCGAAAAUCGUUUCAAGCGGUCCAAUGGGGAUAUGUCGAGCAAGGGCUUCCGACAACGACGUCCGGAGCCUUGGGCAGAAAACCUGACGACUUCCAGCUCUUUGGAAAUUGGAAAUCGAAACCCCCGUUGACACGCCUCGGUUCUGUCUGCCUAUCUGCCAGAUUACCAUGAUUCUCGCAUAAAUACUCGCAGGAUACUCCACUUCGAAAUGUGAACAGACUCGAGAGGGCAGAAAAACUUCCAAGCAGUCCG